UGUGUCGAUACAGACUAUUAACUUGUUUUAAUUUUGAAAACGUGGUAAUAAAACAAUUCAUAACAAAUUGUGUUUGAGGCGAAAUAGCCUAAUUUGCAAAAAUAUAAAGUGAAAAUUAAUUAGUGUGGUUACAGUGUAGGAUUACCAACUUUGGAUACUUCAAUUCUUUCCGGCAUUUUUAACAGUCUACGCCGCGGCCCACGGUUGCGGAACCGAACCGGCAACGCAUGGAUACCACCGCCGAGGUGUUGCAGAAUGACCAUGUCCUCCAAGCAGCCACAGAGACGAAAAAUCUACCCCUCCAGGACCAAGUUCAAGGGUUGCAGAUCAACUACAACCCCAUGAGCCAGAACAAUAACUUAAAUUCACCUAAUUCCAAUAUACCCAGCAGAUUGCCAUCUCUGCAGGAGGUGGUGAUUGUCCAAGAUGGUCGACAGGGUAAAGGUGAUUUUGAUUUUAGUGGUAAUAAUAACCCAGUGCAUGAUGUGGCGACCAUAGAAACCAUGGUGGUCGAGCCUUUGAGGAUGGCUCUGGCGGAAAGGGAGAAGAAAAUAAGGUCUUUGGAGUCGGAAAUAGCUCAAUUGAAAUCGCAGCUGGACAAAUUCCAAAGUGUGUUUCCAUUCCGCGUCCAGACUCCUGGGGUCAGGGGACCUCCUACUCAAAGGCAGAGGGCUCAGGGUAUAUCUGCUGAACCUCAGAGCGAAAGUGCUGUCUUGGCUGCCGGAAAGAGGAGCUUUCCUAAGGUGGAGAAAGAUGAAAGAAAUGAUGUUGGAUUCGACGUUUACAGGAUACUGAAUCCGAAUAGAAUAAUAAAUAUGUUUUUAAGUGUUUGUUCUCGAAAAUUUAUAGAAAUUUACGGUUGUCCACAAUCUGUGGAACAUUUUAUGUCCCUAGAAAAAUUGAAGAUGAAUUUAUAUGAAAAUUUAUAUCACCACACUUUGAUAUCAAAUUGUUUGAAGCAGGAAUUGAACCAGGAACCUUGUGGUUUCAAUGCUAAAGCUCUCACUACUUCAGUCAUAAAUAAGCUCCCAAAUUGA